AAAACCCACUUCUGAGGGAUGUGCUGCCUUCUCUCGCUGCUGUUUCAUUGCCUGUACUUAAAACCGAGGAGAAAAUUUCAUUAUGGUCAUUGUUGUUACCUCUCGAUGGACGGAGUUUCUAAGGCCAGCUUCUUCUCGAUCUUGCAGCGGUUCUCCCUUCAACCUAUAACAUCAGCAGUGGUGGCUGAGCUGAAGUUCCUGCAUUCCAAGAAGAGAAUGUAUAAAAGGAAUGGCCUCAUGGCCAACGUGACCGUGACUUCUGCCACCCCAGAGGUCAGUAGCAGUUCUGACUCUCUGGAAGGACAGAGUUCGGAUUAUGCUCACAAGAGUUACGAUGCCGUCGUGUUUGACGUGCUAAAAGUAACUCCAGAGGAGUUUGCGAGUCAGAUUACACUGAUGGAUAUGCCAGUAUUUAAAGCUAUACAGCCAGAGGAACUUGCAAGUUGUGGAUGGAAUAAAAAAGAAAAACACAUCCUCGCCCCGAAUGUUGUUGCCUUUACAAGGAGAUUUAAUCAGGUCUGUUUCUGGGUGGUACGAGAAAUUUUAACAGCACAGACCUUAAAAAUAAGGGCAGAGAUCCUCAGCCACUUCGUGAAAAUAGCCAAGAAACUUCUAGAAGUGAACAACCUUCAUUCGCUCAUGUCUGUGGUCUCAGCUCUCCAAAGUGCGCCCAUUUUCAGGCUGACCAAAACCUGGGCCCUUUUGAACCGCAAGGACAAGACCACUUUCGAGAAGCUGGACUACUUAAUGUCGAAGGAAGACAAUUACAAGAGGAUGCGGGACUACAUCCGAUGCUUAAAAAUGGUGCCCUGCAUUCCUUAUUUGGGGAUUUAUCUCUUGGACUUAAUCUACAUUGACUCAGCCUAUCCAGCUUCCGGCAGCAUCAUGGAGAACGAACAAAGGUCCAAUCAAAUGAACAACAUUCUCCGAAUAAUUGCUGAUUUGCAAGUCUCUUGUAGCUACGAUCACCUUCUAAUGUUACCCCACGUGCAAAAAUACUUGAAGUCCGUCCGGUAUAUUGAAGAGCUUCAAAAAUUUGUGGAAGACGACAACUACAAAUUAUCCCUAAGAAUCGAACCAGGAAACAGUUCCCCACGGCUGGUCUCGUCAAAAGAAGACCUGGCAGGUCCGUCCGAAGUGUCGGCAGCUGUGAGGUUCAACAGGAGGCCCACCUGUCCUGAUGCCUCGGUAGCGGCCAACAUGCACACCCCUCCUAUACCGCGGCACAGGAAGAGCCACAGCCUUGGAAACAAUAUGAUGUGUCAAUUCAGUGUAGUAGAAAGUAAAAGCGCCACCUUCCCAACAGAGAAGCAGCGCCACCUGCUGGACGACAGCGUGUUAGAAUCUCACAGCCCUGUCAGGAACCACCCGCUAAACUCUGUGUUCACCAACGGUGUUUCCCUAGAAAGCAGUGAAAGUUCAGAAUUCAGCGAAGAGCCGUCAUCGGGGCUGGAAAGGGGUCGGUUGUAUGCCACGCUGGGGCCCAACUGGCGGGUGCCAAUUCGGACUUCACCCAGAAGUCGGAGCUGUGUCUACAGCCCAGCAGGUGCCUGCAGUUGCAGAUCGGGGGCUUCCGUGGGGGUGGUGACUAUGGAAGGCCCCCUGAGAAGAAAGACGUUGCUGAAGGAAGGCCGGAAGCCUACGCUGUCUUCCUGGACCAGGUACUGGAUUACUCUGUCGGGAUCCACUCUGAUCUACUUCGGAGCCAAGUCCUUAAGGGGCAGCGAGAGGAAGCACUAUAAAUCGACUCCGGGAAAGAAAGUUUCCAUUGUGGGCUGGAUGGUAGCGCUUCCUGAUGAUCCUGAACAUCCUGAUAUUUUUCAGCUGAACAACCCAGAUAAAGGCAAUGUUUACAAGUUCCAGACCGGUUCCAGGUUUCAUGCAAUAUUGUGGCACAAACAUUUGGAUGAUGCCUGCAGAAGCAACAGGCCUCAGGUACCUGCAAACCUUAUGUCAUUUGAGUAACCUGCUCCAGUGUGCGGUAUAACGUCCAGUGCCAAACUGCAAGGUGGGAAGGUGGGUUUCCAUUAAAGCAAGGAGGAAAAAGACUUCAGAGCAAACCAGCUGUCUCCCACAGCGACUUCAGCACUUUUCUACAUAACUUGAAAGUAAUUAUGAUACAGCUUCUAGAAACGUGAAUGUUAUCCUUUGGGACAGGAUCUGACUCACUGCACUGAUGAAAGAAUGGAUUUGGACUGUUUGGAGAGGCAGCCUGACCCAUCACAGGAUCCGUGGGUCCUUAACUCUAGCCGUGGAGGUCACGACGGCUGUGGAUUCUUGUCCUGCCACAAACUUUUAUCCGUCACAUCUCUCCAGAUGUCUUUUUUUUUUUUUUUAAACUGCUCUUUUUACGGUCAAGCUGCUUUAUGUGACUCAAGAACUUUAACCCAUGUUGGGUUUAGAGUUAUUUCUAAUGCACAAAACAACAAACAUUUGACAGUGUUAACUUGCUGCAGAGUGUCAAUUAGAAUAGAACGUUGUGAAACAACCUUUUUAUAACCUUAAGUGCACUGAGUUGCUUUGCCCUGUGGCUGCCUCAGAUUUUUGUAUCAAACCUAGGGAUGCGACCAACGUCGCCCUUGCGCUCAGCUACUUGGGAAAAUGGUGUAUUUUGGCACAAGAUAAAAAAAAAAAAAUCACCUGUAAUUUUUUUUUUUCCUGUUUGUAACUCAUAAUUAAUUGUGCUGUAUUUUGUGGUGGUUGUUUUGUUUUGUUGUUUUUAAAAUUAACUGGAGGUACCCCUGGCGAUGAAGGGACCUUGAAGUGCUGCUGAAAUACGCUUGAUCUUAAGGCUCCUUCUGGGUUGCUUCAUCCCAAAGGAAAGAUUUGCCUUAAAUUGUGUUUGCUGGAGGGCGGGGGGGCUGUUCAUCCAAAAUGUCCCGCUGGGCAAGCUUCUCCUACAUCCCCCCCCCCCGGGCUGGUUUUAGAACUUCCCAAUCCCAGAAAACAUGGGUUGAGGGGAAAGUGUUAAAUAUGGAUCCUCCUAAGAGAGAGAGGAGGUUUUCACCAAAUACCAAGUCCCUUCUACUCAGCCAAGAAAGCCAAUGUUCUUUUAAACCAAGGUAGAAUGGCUAAAAAAGCCCACCCAGUUUCUUCAUUUCCCAAUUCAACGAAGUCGUGAGCUGCUUCGUGGCACCUUGAAGGGCAGCCAAACGAUCCAGCUUCUUAAUACAGGUGGGCCAGUGGUCAUUUUGGAGGAACAGCACUCUUGGCUUUGAAAGACCAGCGUGCUACUUGAUCUGACUGUAAUCUUGGCUCUCUUCCAAGCCGUGUUUACUUUAAAUAUAUGCUAAAUGUCUUCGCCAUUGAUGAUUGUAAUGCAUUUUUAAGUGUCACGCUGUAUUUGUCUUUAUCUCCUCUUUCUAAGAGCAAAGGAAGGUAAGAGAAAUUAUUGGGUUUGGACAGGAAACGAGAAAACAGGUCUCAGCCCCCCCCCCCCUUUCUCCUUCCCCCCCCAAAAUCCUUGUUUUUUUCUCAUGGAGAAAUGGUUAGAAACUAUUCCAACAAAUUGUGGGUUAUUACGAGCUGGGUAGUUGCUGUAGGAUUUCAGGAUGGGGAAAUAGGUUGGGGUUUCUGGUGGAUCGUCCGGAUGUAGCAUCCAUUGCGGUUCUGAAUGUCUGUAGUCCAGAAAGAUUAUUCUGGAGAACAUACCCUUUCUCUGGAUUUUCAUAUCAGGCAGCUCAGAGUAUAGAAGGAUACGCCAUUCACUUGGAGCCUUUAAAAAGGCCCUUCUCUUCUUACCAGCUGCAUAAUGACAAUUAAAAAAAUCUGGCUUCCAACCCAAUUAACCCAACCAAGAAGCUAAUUUGCAUCUAGCAAACUUGAGCCCAAAUUGCAUUAACCCCCUUUUACAACUCUGCUAAAUUUCAGUAAACACCGAGGGUUGGACUGGCGCAAUAAAAUCAAACCCCAUUGGUAAAUAUUCUGGUCUGACUUGGUGAUGAUCAAGUUAAUUAAAGUGAAAUGACUCCAAGCCAGAGACGGUUUUAGUUCAAGAAAAGAGCUGGGUUUGAAAUGACAUCUUCGUGGAAGCCGUCCCUGUGUUCGUCCCCAACCACGCAAAAACGAAGCGAAUUUUAUGAAAUUGUGCGCGUGCUGAAUUGUAGCCAGUCCGACUUCUAGAAAGGAAGUUCAGGAUUUGAUUGUCAAACGCUUUCAGAACAAUUGAUUAUUGGUUUAUUGGGUGAGAAAGGGGGGGGAGGAAACCCCCACUCUAAACAUGGCCCUGUCUUAGAGGGGGGAAUUUGUUUUUGUUCUCACCAACCUCCAUCAUUUUAGUUCGAGUUUCUGGGACUGCAAAUCACUAGGUUUUUUUUGUUUUUGUUUUAAUAACAUUGGGGAACAUGGUUGUUUCGACGUGCCCAAAUCGACAUGCCUCUCCUUCGUAAUGAAAGAAACUUGCAGGCGUUGGCAGAGAGAAUGCCAAAACCUUGACAAAUCCCUCUGCAAUUCUGUAUUUAGAAUGUAGGAGACUGUUUUCACUUAAAUUUCUUUUUUAAGUAAUAAUUUUUUUAAAAAAAAGCAGUUUAGCAAAGGAAGGCCUGCCAUCGUUUUUGACUUUGGUAGAGCUAUCUAAGAGCUGUAGCCCACAGCUCGGGGGGGAAAAAAAUGUACAGUGAUGAUAGAAUAACAUGGUGCUUCAUUCAGCAAUACAGGCAGUAGGGUGGUUUGAAAAAGUGAAAUAAAUGAGUAAUAGAACAGUGUUGUCUCCUUCUCCCUCUCCUUCCAUUUCUCCUCCUCCUCCUUCGCGUAAUCCACGUUUAAAUGGUAAUUGUCCUAUGAAAAGCAUGAGGAUUCUAUUUAGCUGCUUCUUUUUUUUUAAUGUUCUUUUCUAUUGUGCAUCUUUGACUGUGAACUAAACGGGGUGCAUAUUGGUACUAUUUUUUUAAAAAAAAAAUUCCGGUCUCCCCACCCCAGAGAAGGCACCACCCCCCCCCCCCCCCAUCUGGAGCCCCCCCAGCUGUCUGUCCAACGACAGGUAGACAGAAGUUUUCCACUUUGGAAAGGGCCUUCAGAGCUGAUGUGGGUGAGAUGGCCGCAGAGGGCAUCCCAAGAUUACAAGGGGACAGGUGGUGAACGCUGCCGAGGCGUGUGCUUAUUAUGGCUACUACCGGCACGCACACAGAAAGAGUAACGUUCACACACACACACACCUCUGUGAAGCUCCUUCAACUGGAGAUUAUCUUCUUGGCAAAGCGAAAGAGCUCAAGGCGAAGAUGCCUUUCGGUUGAAGGAACGGAGAUUGGCGCACGCACGAACAUGCCUGUGCUCCAAGGAAGGUGGGUUUGGGGUUUUUUUCCCCCUGCCUUCGAAACCUUCCCUCCCCUGUCCAGCCCAGGACAAGUCUCUCUGUGGGACUGACUGCCCUUUAGCCAAUUUUGGGACUAGGGUCCCUCCAUCUAUCCGUUGGGUUUCCACGACAGCGCUUCGUGUAGCAGUGUCUCGAGGCCACACCCGUUAUUCUUAAUUUAUUAGCUCGUGUAAACCUAGUGCCAAAAUGCAUGCUGGACAGGUUUUUUUUCUUUUUCUUCUUUUUUUACAAGUAGCCCUCGAUAGAGGCGGAAAUUAUUGUGUCCGGAUUUCAGCCGUUUGGGCCUUUGUGGUUUCAACCCAUUUCUAGACUUUGGUUUUCUUUUCCCUGGGUGAGACCUUGUGUUUUUUUCUUUUCUUUUCUUGUUUUCCCCAGCUCCCUUUUUACCCAUAAUAUUCCCAGUGGUCCAUUGCAUGGAAUUUUCUUGUAAAGGCCUUUUCUCUCCCACUCCUUGUGAAUUGUCUCCUUCCGGAUAAACUACUGAAGUUUUCACCCUCCUGUGGAAGUCUUUUUAAAGUUUGGUUUUCUUUGGUUUUUUUCUUCUGGCAAAAGUAUUUUGUUACCUCAGUCUUCUCCCGGGUUGCUGUAUUUUUCAGCUUGUUACAUUGAUAAUAACUGUUUCACUAAAUAAAGCAAAAACUUUAAUGUAAAAAAAA